GAGCGCACACACGGUGCCCUGACACAGUUCGCAGUGGCACACAGUGGUGGAGGAGCUGCGGCUGGAUGUCAGAGGAGCACAGGGAAAUACUGCAAUAAUCCCUGAAUGUGAUGAUAAUAUAGGAUUUAAAAAAAAUAUCUCUGCAGGAUAAUCUGACGCACAGAGGGAGAGACCUCCAACCUGUUUUGGGGAAUUUGGAAUCUAAAUCUUAAAUCGAUCCUUAAGGUGCAGAAGUUAAAGAUGUUGCCACAUUGCUCCCUCCUGCUGCUGCUAUGCGUGGCUCGGCUGCUCUCUGCCUCUUCGGCCUUGCCCUUUGAACAGAGAGGCUUCUGGGAUUUCGCCAUGGACAGCAUGGACAGCAUGGACAGCAUGAUGAAGAUGAUGAGGGACGAAGAAGAGGGCUCGGCAGUGGAGGAGACCCCCCCCCCUGACAUACCCAUGUGCCCCUUUGGGUGCCACUGUCAGCUCAGGGUCGUCCAGUGCUCUGACCUCGGUCUGACCGAGGUGCCAAAGAAUAUUCCUCCGGACACCAAGUUCUUGGACCUGCAGAACAACCGCAUCACUGAGCUGAAAGAGAACGACUUCAAAGGCCUUACGCACUUAUAUGGUCUGUCUCUGAGGAACAACCUUAUUUCCAAAGUCCACCCCAGAACAUUCGUGCCCCUGAAACACAUGCAGAAGCUCUACUUCUCCAAGAAUCUGCUGACCACUAUCCCCAAGAACCUGCCCGCCUCUCUGGUCGAGAUGAGGAUCCAUGAGAACCGCAUCAAGAAGGUGGCAGCUGGAGCCUUUGCAGGACUGGGCAGCAUGAACUGCAUAGAAAUGGGAGCUAACCCCAUCCACAACAGCGGCUUUGAGCCUGGAGCCUUCAAGGGACUGAAACUGAAUUAUCUGCGUAUAUCUGAGUCCAAACUGACCGGGGUGCCAAAAGACCUCCCAGAGAGUCUCCACGAGCUUCAUCUGGACCACAACCAGAUCCAGGCUGUGGAACUGGAGGACCUGAAACGCUACAAAAACCUGAACAGGUUGGGCCUUGGCUUUAAUCACAUCCGUAACAUCGAGAACGGCAGUCUGUCCUUCCUCCCCAGGCUGAGAGAGCUGCAUCUUGACAACAACCGUCUCACUCGUGUUCCCCAAGGUCUCCCAGAUAUGAAAUACCUACAGGUGGUGUACCUCCAUUCCAACCACAUCAACCAGGUGGGUGUGGAUGACUUCUGCCCUCGAGGAUUUGGGAUGAAGAGGACUUUCUAUAAUGGCAUCAGCCUGUUUGGUAACCCUGUCAACUACUGGGAGGUGCAGCCUGCGACGUUCCGCUGUGUCAGUGACCGGCUGGCCAUUCAGUUCGGCAACUACAAAAAGUAAAGACAGGGGAUGCUGAAAGAUGGAGAGAGUGAGGGGAAGGUGGACAUAAUUUAAAUAAUGAAAAAAACAAAACUAGAGGGAUGGAGAGGAGUUCAUAUUUGAGAUUAUUAUCAAUAUUAUUAUUAUUUUGGGAGAGAGGAUGAGUGGAGAGGAUGGGCAAUAAACUGAUAAAAUACAAAGAGAAGUGAGAAAUACAAUCACAUAACUUGAAAAGAGUGAAAAGUGCAGUGCUUGCAGUACUUCACCUGAGUUUUUCACAAUUUUUUGAAUUUAAGGUUUUGAAAGUUUUGCCAUUUAAAAUGGAUGAAACACAGGAGACUGUCUGAGAAGAAGAAUGUUUUCCCCCAGCCAAAAUUGAUGAAAAACUUGUGAAGCAUUUCAUUCCAUAUUUUUUACACAAUAGUGCUUAUUGUGAUAGAAGUCUUUUUUUAUUAUUAACAUUUCUGUUAAGAUAACAAGUAAGAAAUAGAAAGCAAUGCAUUAUAGAUGUUUUUAUAUAUACAUAAAAGGUGCUCUGUAUGAUUUUCUGUGUGUGUUGAUUUGGGAGAUGCAUCAUAUUGUCCCUGUUUCACCGGUCUGAAGCCAUUUGGUCCUCAACUCUGUGAUUAAAUUAUACUGUAUUAAUAAACAACCAGUCACAGAUUUGGGGACUGUUUUCCACCGUUUACAGACACAAAAACAACUCCAUAUAAUGUAGAAACUAUUAUUCAAGUUGACCAUUUCAAAAACAUUUUUGUAUAUACCAGCUGACUGAUUAAAAGGGCAAUUUCAACAUCCCCCCCUCAUCAGUGCCAAACAUAUUUUCCUAAUAAUCUAAAAUCCAUCAGCCUGCCUUUGUAAUAAAUCUAUUCUGUGCCUUUAAUAAAUAUUAUGCUGUCUGUAUGAUACUUUAAUACAGUAUUCCUUGAGGGGACACUGAAGUAGUGGGGGUUUGCUCCAGUUAGAAAAAACACACAUCCGCUUUGCUUUAAGACAAUGAAGGCAGUGUGUUCACAUAGUGCUACAAACAAUAGUGGUGUUGAUGCAUUGUUUUGCACAGUUUUUCUGUUAUGCUUUAACUGCUUCGGGGUUACUGGGGGGUUAGCUUGUUUACAUUGGUAGACCUAUGUGGAACUGCUUUAUCCAUUAGUAUUCUGUCCUGUGUCUGUCCUGUAAUCUGAUGAGCUACCGCUGCAUGUGAAUAAAGACAUUUUUAGCCUGCUGCAUAAAGCCAGAGAACAACUGAUGCCCCUUGGUUGGAUGCUGUGUGAGAAAUAAAGACGAAAUAUCAAAAGUGGAAAA